GCAGAGAGUCCAACAGGACUGACAUGCAAGGAUCUCUUGGCUCCUGUCCGUGAUCGGAAGCUGAAUACUCUGGUCCAGAUCUCAGUAAUCCACCCCGCGGAGCAGGGGCUGACAAGAUACUCCAGCACCGAAAUUGUUGAGGGAACAAGAGACCCACUGUUCUUGACUGGUGUCACAUUCCCAUCUGAGUAUCCCAUCUAUGAGGAGACCAAAAUAAAGCUAACAGUCUAUGAUGUCAAGGAUAAGUCUCAUGACACUGUUCGAACCAGUGUUGUGCCUGAACACAAGGACCCCCCACCAGAGGUUGGGCGAAGUUUCCUGGGCUAUGCCAGUUUUAAAGUCGGGGAGCUACUGAAGUCCAAGGAGCAAGUGCUGGCUCUGAGCCUGAGAACCUCAGAUGGUGGCAAAGUUGUCGGCACCAUAGAAGUCAGUGUCGUGAAGAUGGGGGAGAUUGAGGAUGGGGAAGCCGACAACAUCACGACAGAUGUGCAGGGACAAAAGUGUGCACUGGUUUGUGAAUGUUCAGCCCCAGAAAGUGUGAGCAGAAAAGAUAACCUACCUUUUUUGAAUGCAGUGUUAAAGAACCCAGUGUGUAAAUUAUACAGAUUUCCCACAUCUGACAAUAAGUGGAUGCAAAUCCGGGAGCAGAUGUCAGAGAGCAUACUUUCUUUUCAUAUUCCUAAGGAAUUGAUCUCUCUUCAAAUCAAAGAAGAUUUGUGUAGAAACCAGGAGCUAAAAGAACUUGGUGAGCUUUCUCCACACUGGGACAAUCUACGAAAAAACGUCCUUACUCACUGUGAUCAAAUGCUGAAUAUGUACCAAGACAUUCUGACAGAACUCAGCAAGGAAACAGGGUCCUCUUUCAAAUCAAGCAGCAGCAAAGGAGAAAAAACAUUAGAAUUUGUUCCAAUAAAUCUACAUCUGCAAAGAAUGCACGUACACAGCCCUCAUUUGAAAGAUGCUCUCUACGACGUCAUCACCGUGGGGGCCCCAGCUGCCCAUUUUCAGGGAUUUAAGAAUGGUGGUCUUCGGAAACUCCUGCAUAGAUUUGAAGCAGAAAGAAGAAAUACUGGAUACCAGUUUAUUUACUAUUCACCUGAAAACACAGCCAAAGCAAAAGAAGUUCUCAGCAACAUCAAUCAACUACAACCUCUGAUAGCAACCCAUGCAGACCUACUGCUUAAUUCUGCAAGCCAGCAUUCUCCAGACAGCUUGAAGAAUUCUUUAAAGAUGCUUUCAGAAAAAACAGAGCUUUUUGUGCAUGCCUUCAAGGAUCAGCUGGUCAGAAGUGCCCUUUUAGCACUUUACACCGCCAGGCCGGGAGGUGUCCUGACGAAACCACCCUCUCCUAAGAGUGGCGCAGAGGAGAGCAGUUCCCAGGACCCACCCCUGCCGAUGAGACGGCAGGACUCCAUUCCACACCAUUCAGACUAUGAUGAGGAGGAGUGGGACAGGGUGUGGGCCAGUGUGGGGAAGAGCCUGAACUGCAUUAUUGCAAUGGUGGAUAAACUGAUCGAAAGAGAGAGCGGUGGCGAGGGAGGCAGUGACAGCCUCAAAGAUGUAGAAAAGGACUCUUCUCCGGUGGACUCCAUCAUAACUCAUCCAAAGGAGGACUGGUAUGAGCAGCUGUAUCCCCUUAUCCUCGCCCUGAAGGACUGCAUGGGAGAAGUGGUGAAUCGAGCUAAGCAGUCCCUGACGUUCGUGCUUCUACAGGAGCUCGCCUACAGCCUGCCCCAGUGUUUGAUGCUGACGUUGAGAAGAGACAUUGUCUUCAGCCAAGCGCUUGCUGGAUUGGUUUGUGGUUUUAUCAUCAAAUUGCACACAAGUCUGUAUGACCCUGGCUUCCUUGAGCAGCUUCACACAGUGGGAUUGAUAGUACAAUAUGAAGGACUGCUGAGUACAUAUAGUGAGGAAAUUGGAAUGCUCGAGGACAUGGCCGUUGGUAUUUCGGAUUUGAAAAAAGUCGCAUUUAAAAUAAUCGAAGCCACAUCCAAUGAUGUCUUGCCAGUUAUAACAGGAAGGCGUGAGCACUACGUUGUGGAGGUGAAGGUUCCAGCGAGAAUGUUUGAGUCGCUGCCUCUGCAGAUUAAAGAAGGACAAUUGCUUCACGUGUAUCCAGUACUUUUUAAUGUUGGAAUCAAUGAACAGCAAACUCUUGCUGAGAGGUUUGGAGAUGUCUCUUUGCAAGAAAGUAUUAAUCAGGAAAAUUUUGAACUCCUUAAAGAGUAUUGCACAGUAUUUAUGGAAAAGAUGCCUCCUGAUUACAUUUCACAUUUUCAAGAACAAAAUGAUUUAAAAGGAUUACUAGAAAAUCUCCAUCAAAAUAUCCAAGCCAAAAAGAGAAAGAAUGUAGAAAUCAUGUGGCUGGCUGCAACGAUUUGCCGCAAACUAAAUGGCAUUCGUUUCACCUGUUGUAAAAGUGCCAAAGACAGGACGUCGAUGUCUGUGACGCUUGAACAGUGCUCAAUCCUGAGAGAUGAGCAUCAGUUACACAAGGACUUCUUUAUCCGAGCACUGGAUUGUAUGAGAAGAGAAGGAUGCCGCAUAGAAAAUGUACUGAAGAAUAUCAAAUGCAGGAAGUAUGCUUUCAACAUGCUACAGCUGAUGGCUUUCCCCAAGUACUACAGACCUCCAGAGGGGACUUAUGGAAAAGCUGACACCUAAGUUUAUCAACAUGUAAAUAAACAGGAACACAAAUAUGCUUCCGUUGGAAAAUCUCCACCGUUUUUCUGUUUUCAUUGUCAUGAAUUUGUGGAGGGAGGUGAUCAGGAAUGUUCACCCAAAUCUAGAAGUUACUUGAAUUAGUUAUCAGCAUAUGACUCUGAAAGAAAUCCAUUAAACAAAUCUUAAAUCAUAUUGUGUUUCUAGUGCCAAGCUUCUGUGUAUUGAUCCUCACUGGUUGAGAUCAGUUCAAAAAGUGUACAUUUCAUUCUUGGGAUUUUUAAUGGAAGACGUUCUGAGAAAACCUAAGUUGCUUUAGGGGCUCUGGAGGUGAUUCAGAGAGUGGCAUUCUCCACUCCAAAGCGAUGAUAGGAGAGUGUCAAGAGGAGAGAGGCUUUGAGAUAUCCCCCAUCCUUUCUUAUAUACAACCUGAGAGCCCAUUUGCGGGCUUUAAAAAUAUUUUUCUAGUGAAUGGAAAUUAGGGAGUGUUAACUUGUGAUCCUGACUACAGAAGCAGUUCCUAUGUGCUUGUAAAGACUGUCAUCCUGCAAAGGUGUGACUGGUCCUCCUAAAAAUGUUGAUGGACAGUGUUAAUAAAGCAAUAAAAAUACUUUUUGAAAACAUGGUAUCUUUUCAAAACUCUGACUUGGAUUGAUUUGCCCCAUCAGCCUAAACUUCAUGUAGUCAAGUUCAUGAAAGUCUGUAAGAUAUCUUUGAGGUGUUUUCUAGCAUUUAUCUUAAUAUGUAUCAAUCAAUGAUGUAAGUAUGCAUUGCCUGGCAUAGAUUAGUAUAUGUGAAUGAACCUUUUAAAACUUAUGCUACCGUAGUUAAUGAUAAACCAAAACAAUUAUUUCUCCUAAACUGAAUUUCAAAUUUGCCCUUACUUGGUAAAAUAACACCAUGAGUUUCCUAAAACUACAAGUCAGAAAUUCCCUUAGAGAUCAUCAUGUAUAACGUUAUAAAUAUUAUAAAUGGCUAAACUAAAGUACAAGGAAGCUGUGUUCCCAGUUACUCAGCUAGAUGAUUUCAGAACCCUGGUUACAAUCCCUUCUUACCUUGUAGCUUGUGGCUUAUCCGAUCUGUGAAUUGCCACCCUAAAUAUAUACAUGAAAAUUUGGGAAGGAUACUAGUUAAAUAGGCCUUGGCAUGUAUUGCUGUAAUUGAAACUCAGAGUACAGAGGUCUAAAUAAAUGACAUUUAUUUUCUCCCUAUUUUAAGAAUUUAUAUGUUUUCUUUUCUCAUCAGAGGAGCUUGCGAUCCAGAGCAUCAGUCUCCCUUGGAAAUGCCAAAGACCUGUUACAUAGACACCUCUUAGCAAUGACCACAUUCAACAAAUCAUCUGUAGCUUUCCUAGCUGAUAUGAUAGCUCCUCAACCAAGAUACCUAUUGAAAUAAAGAUUCUAAGCAGAUCUCCAGGCUCAUGUUGGGCUUUUUAAAUUGCUGCAAUUUUAGAUAACCCUCUGGGGCUUUUAAUGCUAGAAUUAUCUAUCUGUUAUUUUAGUUAAGGACUUGUGGGCAUUAUACUUGAGGCAGUUGUCAAAAUAUUUACUGUGUUUUUCAUGAAAAGAUGCUGUGUGCUGUGGAUCUAUUCAUGGACAGGUUAUCUUGUUCUCCUUUAUACCUCAUUCUCAAUUUCACUGAGUAAAUAUAAUCUUCGAAUUGUUCAGUUUCAUUUAAAAAUGGUAGGAUUUGUGGUUAUUUUCAUUAUCCCACUGGAUUUAAGGUAAAGUGGUUGGUAUGACAGUGAUUCCUUUGAGUAACCAUGAAGCCACAUUCAGUAUAUCAGAUGGCAGUCUUGAGUUCCAAGUUACCUUAAAUGAUUUAUCAUCUUGUAAAUAGUCUUAUGAACAAUAGUUUUGUUCAUAUUUUUAAAAAUGAAACCUCUUGAUUCAAAUAUGGAAAAAAUAUUUAUUAACCAGAAAACCAACUGUAGGGUUUUCUGUUUGUGGAAGACAUUUCAAAGUUUUGUGUUUUUUUUUUUUUUUUUUCUUUUCUAUGAAGUACUAUUAUAGAAGUUCUCAAAGAGUAGAACUUACUGUAAUACAAAUGAAGGUAAUGUACUUUCUCAUUUAUUAUUAACAUAGUUUUCUGUAUUUGUCUAUUGGAAACCUAUAUUUGUUCAUGUUCUAAAAGUAGAUUUCAUCAAGCAAAUGUUUUUUCAUAGUGACAAUAAUGUCACCCCUUUCCUGAGAGAUAUUUCAAGUAUGCUUGGAAAACUACUUCAUUAUUUCUUAAGUUACUAAAUCUUUCUAAAUCAAAGCGGAAAUGUUAUACAAAAAGUUUUAAAAUCUCUUUUGUACAAACACAGGCUCAGUCAUGCUUUUCUGCUUCCAUUUUCAUUUUAAAGAUGCACCAGUCAUUCUAUUUGAAGAGAUCACAUUGAGUCAGACACUGAACCAAGAAAACAUUUCCAAACAAGAUAAUUUUUUUGCUCAGAAACGUGUUUGCCCUCUGAUGUCAUCAAAAGUAGAUAAUACUUCAGUAUUAGCUAUUUACAAAGUCCUACAGAAAACAUACUUAAAACAAGGGAAAAUGCAAUCCUAGUUAUGUUUGACCCAGUGACCUAAGAUCCAGAGCCUGAAAAAUGUUCUGCAGAAUAGCUCAAUGUAAAAGUUUGAAAUAUUUUAUUGAAGCAGACCCAUAUUUUAGAUGUACCCUUGCAUUUAUUUCUUGUGUGGUUGUUUCUUUCUUGUCAGUAUUAACUUGGGUUUUGUCAACACUCUGCCCAAACAAUCCUUUGAUGUAAACAGUUUGGUCAACCCAGUAAUCCCAUGUGUCAGAGCAAAUAUUUGAUCCUGCUGACAGAUUGUACUGAAAUGACCAGCUGUCCAGUGGGAGCAGGACACCAGGUAACUAAGCUCCAGUCUUUACUUUAUAAGACUAUGACCUCUUGUUCUGAGGAUGUGAGGUCUUAAAAGCAAGCAUCUGGGUGGGAGAUACUUCCCUUUUUUUUCUCUCAACUAAGUAUGGUGUUUUGCCUAGAAUUAGACGUGGGAGAGAAGAAGAUUCAUGCUUUUCUUCCCAAGCAAAUCCAAGCCCCUCCUAUGUAAAAUUUGCUAGGUGCUGAGAAGAGGAUAAUAGUGGUGUGCUAGAAACUGGCUGGUGCUGACUCACAAUACUUGACUGUUAAAUCCUGUAAGCCGGUUUUCAAAACACAACCAUCAUUAAAUAUUAAAUUACAGAACACAAUUGAAUAAAUCUUAUUAAAAAUGAUAAUCAAAGCUUAAUGCAGCCUAAUUAUUUUGCUAUAUUAUACUGUUUAUAUCUGCUGCUGAGGUUAUUUAUGCCAGUUGUAUCAGUGGAAACAUGAUGUUUAUAAUGUGCUAACUGGGCCUCACUUCCUGACUCCGCAUGCAGUAACAUCACAUAGGUAACUUGAAAUUGACCAUGGUGGGUGUUACACCCUGGAAACUGCCAAAUGCUACCAACCCAUACUUUGAAUUCCUGGAAAACCACGUGUUAAACAUUGACCAGCGCAAAACUGGAUGCCUCCUUCACUUUUUCUCCAGAAAAUAAUCACUGCUUGGAAGCAGAAUUAAAUUAUUACAAUGAUACUAAGUGCAGUCACCCUCAGAGGGCUACAGUUUUGACUUGGUUUAUGCCCUCUUUAAAGACUCCUGUUAGACUAUCAGUAAUAUUUGCUGUUUAUGUUUAUUCAUAUUUAAAACAGUCAUAGCAAUUCAUUUAAAAAUGUGUCUCUUGGGGACUCCCUUGGUGGCCCAGUUGCUCCACUCCACUGGACUCUAUGCUUCCAAUUCACAGAGCACAGAUUGGAUCCCUAGUCAAGGAACUAAUACCCCACUGUGUGGCCAAAAAGUGAAAUAUUUAAAAAUAAAUAGAUAAAAAUGUAUCUCUCUAUGAUGUCCUGCAGGGGAAAUCUGAGCAAUACAGCUUUCAUGUAAGCAAUAACAACUUCAGGCAAAAUUCAGGGAAAUGUUAGCCUAAUUAGAAAAUCAGUAAAAAUGCACUUCAGUAUCAGUUUUAAGUUUAUAAUUUUAGCAUUUGCUAAAAGCUGGAAAAGCAGUAACAUACUACCAGGCCCAGAUUCUAAUAAAUAUAGCUAAAUUGGAAACCAAACUGUUAGAUUAAACAAAUUAAACUCUGGCAGUACGCUAAAUCACACAAAUGUUUAGGUGUUUGAUUUCCAAACAAGAUGGUCUAUCAGAGGUUUUGUUCAACAUAUGUUGAACCUAUGGGCCAUAUGUUGGCCUAUAUAGGCCACCUUUUAUAAUCUUUUGAGAAAUAAAUCAACUUUCAUCACAGGUUUAAGAAACUGGUCUGAGAAAAACUGUGACCAGCAGUUGCAUGGUGAAGCAAAUAUAUUAAACACAAGGCAUCUCUAAUAGCUGGAGGCUUUACAGAUUAUGUGCCACUUAAGAGAAUAAUUUGCUGAGAGCUGUAUAGUGGAUUGACAAUUUUAGGUGAAUUCACAGAAUCCACAUUCAUUUAGCCCAGCUGCAAUCUGCAAGAGUUUUGCUUUUUUCCCCUCCAUAUUUAUGUUUCAUUACUUUAUAAAGAAACUACCAAUGUAUCAGAUCUUUUGUUUCUUUGGAAGAAAUUUAAGUUACAACUUUCCAAACAGCUGUUAUCUCUAGCAAAAACUUCAAGAACAGAAAAAUGCAGUUAAUAUUUUAGAUAAAAUAUGGCGAGCCAAUUAGGUAUAAAGUUAAGGUAUGGAAGUUUGGGCUUUUUCUUUCUGAGUUAUAGUGCAGAUUAAACACUCUUAGUUUUAUUUCUAAGCAUGUAAGAGGAAAUCUAAAGCAUUUCUGAUGUCAAAGAAAGAAAUCAUAUCUGGCUAUUAGUAUCAAGGAGGUAGGAAAACAUUGUAAGGUAGUAUUAACUUAAAAUAUGUACAUGCCACCAGCUCUCCUGAGCAUAAACUUUUAUAGAUUGCAUGAAUAGUCAGAAUUUUAAAUUUAAAAAGGAAAACGUGACUCACAGUUAAGUAUAGUACCCAGAGAGACUGAACAUUAGAGAGAAGACCUACUACAAGUAUUGUUGCCUGGUAAAUCGUAUGUUGCUUAUCUUUCAUGCUGUCCUCAGUUGCUCAGUCAUGUCCAGCUCUUUGCAAUCCCGUGGGCUGUAGCCCACCAGGUUUCUCUCUCCAUGGGAUUUCCCAGGUAAGAAUACUUGAGUGGGUUGCUGUUUCCUCCUCCAGGGAAUAUUCCUGACCUAGGGAUGUCUCCUGCAACUCCAUCAUUGGAAGGUAUAGUCAUUACCACUGAGCCACUUAUCUUUUAGUCUUUCUUUAAGAUGCUGCACUUUCAUACUCAUGGUAUGAAACAUUCAUAGUCUUCCUAAAUUAUCAGAAUAUUCUAAGGUCAUACAAGGGUGCAGCUCAACAGUACAUCUUUGAUGAUGACUUGGUGCAAUUUUAUUGACUGGCAGGCAGUAUUGACUCAAAUAUUAGCAAGAUUGCUCUAUUAUCUAUAUAUUAGUAGCUCUUAUGAUGCUUUUAUAUCACUAUAAAUAUUAAAAGCCAUUUCAUGUCAGAGAGCUUUCAAAUUUUAAAAGGCAGAUGCCACAUUUCUGUAACUGUAUAGACACUCCCAUUUCACCUCACAUGUGCAAUCCUUUGUACACAUACACUCUUGUGGAUAUUUUAUUUUAUUUAACCUAAUAUGUGAUUUUCAGAUUCUUGUGGUACUUAGCUGAAACAUUUGCAUUUGUUUUCUUUUAGUGUUAAAUAUAUAUUCCAGAUCAACCAAUAAUGUAUAGUCCUAAGAAAUGAGGCACAAAUAGGUUAGAUCACUUUAUAUUGUCAUUUGAAGAAAAAUAAUUUUGUUUUAUUGUUCUGUGAAAACCAUAUUCAUUGUACAUUGUGUAUAUUUUUUAAUAAAUGUGAUUUUUAUUUUUUA